UGGACCGGAGAAUGAGAAGACGCGGUUUUGAGAUGAAAGCUGUCUUUGGCUUAGUUUGGUCUGGCUGAAGCGCAGACCAUGUUGUCUCUCUCUCAUCUCCGUCUCAUUUCCUAUUUCCUUUUUCAUCAUCAACAGUAAACUUCAUUUAAUAUUAAACAAACAUAAAUCUCUUUUCUUUCUAUCCAAACCUCAAAAACUUACUUCGGAUAUCAACCAAGCAGCAUCAAUGUCUAUAUUUUAGUUUGAUUCGCUAAAGAUAAAUUUUUGUUCCUGGAAAAUUUAUGCAGACAAUUGAUUUGUUGGGUACUGUUUAUUAGUACUCGCUAACAAUAUCAUCCCGCUUGCUUACAAGUAGAAAGUAAGGAGAUCUGUGAGGAAUUAGAGGCGGGAUUUUGGGUGAAAGUGAUCAGUGAACUUUACUUGUUUAUAGUAGCAGCUAUUUGGCCCCCCUAGAUCAACAAAUUCUUGCUCUGAGCACAAUCAAUAAUGGUCAGGAUUCACCGUUAUCAAUUUUGUGCGAUUUUGGUGUUUUUUCUCAGCCUAUCAGCUAGCAACUCAGCUUCCACUUUCCUUUCAGAAGGCAUUUUUGGGCAUCAUAUUGCACAAGGGAGAAACCUCCUCCAGGCAAAGACAGCUUGCCCUGUUAACUUCGAGUUUCAGAAUUACACAAUCAUCACUAGUCAAUGCAAAGGUCCUCAAUAUCCACCCAACCUUUGCUGUAAGGCUUUAAAGGAUUUUGCCUGUCCUUUUACAGAGCAGCUGAAUGAUUUAUCAAAUGACUGUGCCACAACCAUGUUCAGCUACAUUAACCUUAAUGGGAAGUAUCCACCUGGUCUUUUCGCCAGUGAGUGCCGUGAAGGCAAGGAGGGGCUUGAAUGCCCUGCACUAGCACCGUCGCUAUCAGCUAAUGCCAGUGGCAGUCAAAUGACAGGCAAACCAGCCAAAGCACUGAUUCUUGGAACGACUUUUAUAGUGUUGUUGUUGCAGGUCUUCUAAUUUUCUGUUUUCGUUCAGAUGUUGUAUUACUUGAUUUUGUUCAAAUGUUUAUUUUGCCAGGGUAAUAGUUGUCCCAUGCCAAAUAGAGUUCAUAUUCUUUAUUGAAGUGUACCCAACACACAGUUUUUGUAUUGGCUUGUUUUCCAUUAAACGGGUGUCCUACUGUAAACUGAUUCUUGUUAGUUCCCUUGAAGCUUUUUCUUUAGCAUUCAUGAACCACAGCAUCGGUUCCAAGAAGGUCUGUGGAUGUUCUUUGAGGAGUGAUCUUGCAAUUUAUCGAACUAUUUCAGUAGCA